CCUGAGCUCAACGAGAAACAUCUCCUCCUCUUACCAGCAUUGCUCUCUGGAAGAAACAAAUGACCUCAAGCUUCCUUCUAAACUAUCAUCAUGACAUGCACAUUGUGAGUGUAGGAUAACUUAACAGAGGACACUGAUUUUACUGUGACACCUACUAAGCACUACAGUACAGCAACAGCAUUCAAAUGUUCAGAAGUAAACCAACACCAACAGCUAAGUUUUACAAUGAACCAGCAAAAGUUGAGGAGUUUUACACUGGUUUCCUGCACAAGUCCCCUGAUUUGUUCAGAUUAUCAAAAGGCUUGCAGAAAUCAUGGAAGCGCCGUUUCUUUGUGCUCUCCAAGAUAGCUGAAGGGACCUAUCAACUGGCAUAUUUUAAAAACCAUGAAAGAAGGGCCAAGUGUGGAGAAAUAGACAUUUCAAAGAUCAGCUGCCUCAUUACUGGCCCUGAGAACCAUCACAUGUGUGAAUGGAUCCAGAAAAACUUCAAGUGUCCUCCAUCUUCUGUGCUGUUCUUGAGGGUGGAAGACAUUGUUUUAAAAUAUGCAAGAGACUAUUUCCUCAUUGGAGAAAACAGAGAUGAGGUGGAUGGUUUGUGCAGUGCUUUAGUCAAGGUUCUGGAGACCGAGAAACUACAAUACAAUCUGCGAGUACCAGAAGAUAUACUUCAGUUGCAAAGUAGAUUUAGAUCAAAAUCUGCACCUACUAUCAGUUCAGAAUCCAACUCUCAAUUUCGUAAUAGAAAGAUUGUAACUAAUCAUUGCCCCUAUUGGCCCCAAGUGAGACAGUCUGCACCUCCAGGUUUGUGGACUUCAGUGCCACUAAAGAACGACCACUGUUAUCCUUGCAAGUUACGCGUUGAUGCAAUGCCAGCAUCAAUCAAGAUUCCAGAGAGUGAUGAUGAGGAUGAAGGCAACAGCGAAUACAUGCCUUUGUCAUUAGUGCAACUUGUAUAUCAACAAUCCCAGGAGGAGGAGGACAUUGCAUGCUUUCAGACAAAGGACAGAGAGAUCUGUGCUGCUCCUGUGGACAGGCUGUCGGAUUGUGUUACAAAAACAGAAUCUGAGCGCACUGAAAAUCUGAGGACUCAUCAGAUAUCAUCCACUGACUUUGAAGAGCAGAAAUCGCCUGAACAAAGCUCUUCCACCAGUUCUUCCCACGAUAUGUGUGAUGCUGCAGACAACCUGGAUAAGAACGAUAAAUCAGAAUGUGAAACACACACACCUGUUGAGAAGGAGAUCUUCAUAAGUCAAAAUGAUCUGAAAAACAGCUUGAUCUUCACACAGGAAGAAGGCAAACCAUGUGUGUCUGAGUGCAAGCAGAUUGACAACUCAUGUCCAUUCCACAAGGGGGAUCAGAUAUUGGCCUUCAAUGGCCUGUUAAUAGACACAGUGGAGGAGAUACACACAUACCUAAAAAAGCUGAGCACGGAUAAGGUAAAUCUGACUGUUCUACGACAUCCCGGAUCCCUGCCAAUGAACUAUGAACACUGUCCAUCCCAGUGAAACAGCAUGAAUGUGAAUUAUCUCAUCACUGUUUUGCUCAUUCUAGGUCAAGUUUAGAUCAUUCUUUCAUUAUGAAUGUUUUUGGAGGUAUCAUGUACUCUUUUGCCUCUACAUGCAAAUGGAGAGUGUAAUAAAUGGUGAUGUAAAGCAUCAAUCUUAAAAUAAGUUGAUAAUUGUAACAUAGGACUGUAUAUACAGUAUGUAGUUAAGCCUAUAUGACUGGUGAUGGGUAUGUGUAGUAUAUGAUUAGAUUACAUUUUUGUUUUAUGAUGUGAACAUAAGGCACAACAAAACCAAAGUAUUACUUUAUAGCAAAUAUGAAGGUAAUCCACUGUGAAACACUAAGUUAUAAACCCUUCAAAUAUGAUAACCUCUUUAAAGCUGCAAUUUCUUCUAUUGUUACACUAUGAAGCACUUUUUAUAGACUACAUUUUAUAUAACAAUUUUCUGUCAUUGUCUAUUUUGUUUUACAAUGCAUUUAACCAAUAGAGUAUUGCCUAAUAAUUGUGCAUUGAUUAAUUUUUCAGUCACACUUUAGAGUGAUCUGAUUAUCUGAGAACAUGUAGUCCACUUAAUACAUAAUUAUUUUGUUGUGAUUCAUUGCACAAUGUUUUUUUAUAUUGAU